CGUAGUUGUAGUAGUGUAAACAUGGCAGCCUCUGGCAGUGACAGUGAGGAGGAUUUUGUCUCUUACGGAAUUCCUUUGGAGCCCUUUGAAGAAGAUGGAGCCAUCAGGAAGCCGGUGCCCAUUCAGGAGCAGACGGUCAAGGACGAGAAGGGACGAUUCAAGCGAUUCCACGGAGCUUUCACUGGGGGCUUCUCCGCCGGUUACUUCAACACCGUGGGAUCAAAAGAAGGAUGGACACCUUCCACGUUCGUUUCAUCACGCCAGCAGAAGGCAGACAGACAGCUGCUGAGACCUGAAGAUUUCAUGGAUGAAGAGGACCUAGGCGAGCACGGGAUAGCAUCCAAGGAGAUCACCACCACAGACGACUUUUCUUCCAGCAGGAAGGAUGAGAUCCGGGACAAGGCGCGAGCUGUGGCCUCGAUGGCUGGUCCCAUCCCUGGAGACACUCUUCUGGAGGACCUGAUCACUCCCGCCAGGACAUCGAUUGGGGUUGAGCUACUGAGGAAAAUGGGCUGGAAAGAGGGUCAGGGAGUGGGACCCAGGGUAAAGAGGAAAACUCGGAAGCAGGAAGCCGAUCCUGGUGUGAAAAUCUACGGAUGUGCUUUGCCACCGGACACCUUAGACAACUCUGAGGGUGAAGAAGAUGAUUACGCUCCUGAAAAUGUGACUUUUGCUCCGAAAGAUGUCACCCCCAUUGACUUCACCUCCAAAGAUGACCUCCAUGGGCUGGGGUACUGUGGGUUGAACCCGCAGCAGGCCCUGCUGGGCAGCUCUGGAAGGGGGCACAUCGACCUCUUCUCUCUGGGCUCCGACCGGAUGAGCAGCCUGCUGGGGCAGGACAGGCCGAGACACAACAGGAGAGUCGGGGUAUCGGGACAGGCGUUUGGGGUGGGCGCCCUGGAGGAGGAGGACGAUGACAUCUAUCACAGCGACUCCCUCACCUGCUACGACAGCGUGAUUAGAGAAGAGACAGGAGAUGGGCUGUUUGGCUGGACGGCACCACAGGAAUACACUGGGAAGAAAAAGGGAUCUCAUAAAGAUGUUACUUACGUGGGUAAAAUUUUGGAUGGCUUCACUUUGGCUUCACAACCUGAGCCUUCCAAACCGACGUACCCUCCUCCGGACCUCCCCAGGGACUUCCGGCCCGUCCAUGUCUUCCGGCCUGUCCUGGACGUGUCCAGCGCCAGCCCUCAGUUGGUGCAGGCGCUGCAGGCCUCCGCCGGGCAGGUGUGCCAGGGCGCCCAGGAGAAGGGGCGGCACGAGCUCGACGCAGCCCGGAGACGGGAGCUCCUGGGGGAGUCAGCGCUUCAAGGCCCCAGCUCUGUCUUUGACCUCCUGGACAGCCGAGACAAGGAGCGCUUGGCAGGGAUCCGGCAGGCGGCAGAGGGGAAGACAGCCUCCAUGGCCCCGUCCCAGCAGGCCCUCUCCGGCCUCUCCCUGCCAGCGGGCGCUGAGCAGGCCCUCGGCGCCUGGCACGGCGUCACGGCGGAUUCCUGCACCGCCUUCAGGCCCUUCGAGCAAAACCCCGAGAAGCAGGCGCGUUACGACGACUACAUCGCCAAGCUGAAAAACGGCCAAAAAGACGCGCUGGAUUCCAGCCUGGACCCCCGCAUGACGGAGUGGGAGCGGGGCCGGGAGCGGGACGAGUUCGUUCGGGCCGCCAUGCUCUACAAGCCCUCCAGCUCCACCCUGGCGUGCAGGUUCACCCGGGGGCGGCAGGAGGACGGCGCGGACACGGUGGAGGUCCAGCGCGAUCAGGAGAACGACGCCAGUGAUAAAGAGGCGGCAGUGAAGAUGAAAAUGUUUGGGAAGCUGACGAGAGACACAUUUGAGUGGCACCCUGAUAAACUGCUCUGCAGGAGAUUUAACAUUCCUGACCCUUACCCUGGGUCGGGAAGCGUCGGUCUCCCCAAGGUCAAGAGAGACAAAUUCUCUGUGUUCAAUUUUCUGACGGUGACGGAGAGCAGCCUCCCUUCGGCCAGGGGAGCAGCACCAGAAGCAUCAGCUCAGCCUGCGUCUGGCCCAUUGCAGGCAGACUCCGGCAGGCUGCCGCAGCCCGGCAGGAAGUCGAGGUGGGAUGUGUCCUCCCAGAGCAGCGAGACCAAAGACCCUCUCAGUGAGCUGCUCAGCGCAGCCCGGAGCCAGGCUACGGCGGAGAAGGAGGUCCAGGCCAGCCCUGCCCCGGGGGCUGCCGGUCCGGGCAACCCCGACUCUAAAGAGCUGAAAGAGGAGGAAGAGGAGGAGCAGGAGAGCAGACCCCCGAUGGAUCUGUUUAAGGCUAUCUUCGCCAGCUCAUCUGACGAGAAAUCUUCGUCAUCUUCUGAGGACGAGGACGAAGAGGAAGAUGAGGUUGAGCCUCAAGAGGAGCGCGCUCCCGGCUCUGUGACCCAGACCCCUGCUCCGCCUGGCCCACCGCCCGGCAGCCAAGGAAUCCAGGCUGCUCCAGUGGAAAACCGCCCUCCUGCUAGAUCUUCAGCCCAGUCCCAGGACAGCGGACCACAGGAUGAGGAAUUUGGACCUAAGCUACCACCCCCGUUACCCCCUGGGGCUUCCUCCUGGACACCUCCUUCAGCAAAGGAGGAAAAACACAAGAAGAAAAGCAGAGAGAAACACAAAGGCAAGAAAGACCAUAAACACAAGAAAGGAAAGAAGCAUAAGAAGAAACGGAAGAAACAGAAGCACAAGGGCAAGCAGAAGAAGAGGCCAGCAGAGGAGGACAGCGACAGCACAGACACCUCUGAAGGGAGCGACAGUGAUGUGGAGAAAGAUUCUGGGGCUUUGUCGAGCGAGGAGCUGCUGAAAAGAUUUAAAAGCCUUCGAGGAAAGAAAUGACAAUGUUCCUUGAAGCGAGUGCAGUGCAGAGUGACCUGUCUCCUCUAUGAGGAUGUUGCGAAGACCACAGUUGCCAUGUAACCUAGACUCUGUCGAAUGUUUUAUGUAACAUUGUUCUACUGCUGACCCACUGCUGCACAUAAGAGUAACUUUCCCUGCAAAUACAAUUUUGAAUGUUUGAACGUUUAAUUCUGGAGUCUGCAGACUGAAGUAAAAAAUGUGAUUGUAUACCUUUACAAUAAUAGGUGGUGACAGUACCUCUAGAAAGGUGGAAGUUAUUUUCUGAAGUUAUGUAACUGAAGUUGAACAGGUUUUAAAAACUUCAUCUAUAAAAUAAAAUGAUGGUACAUUAAAAAAACA